AUGGAUACAGCAACUAAACUAUUUCUGAACAAUGGGCUGACUGCAACCAAGAAAGGACUAGGAAAUGCAGUAAUGGAGAAGUCACUGAGGCUAGCUGCAGACAGAGGGAAUUUGGACGAGGUCAAGGUCCUCAUGAAAGCUGGAGCUCUCAUCACCAGAGAUCAAAAUGGACUUACUGCAUUGCAUAAAGCUGCCAGAAAGGGGCACAAUAAUGUGACACAGUAUUUACUGUCAACUGGGAAAGUGAAAAUCAAUGCUGGAGACAAAUAUGGCUGGACUCCAUUGCAUUGGGCUUCAUGGAAUGGCCAUUCAUCCACAGUAGCCCAGCUAUCAGAGAGGAAGACCUGCAAUGUUAAUGCAACUGAUAAGAGUGGUUCUAAUCCACUCCAUUGUGCUGCUCUCCAGGGACACCAUGCAGUCAUUAAGGAGCUGCUAUUAGCUAAAUGUGAUCCUAAUAUACAGAGAAAGGAUGGCUGGUCUCCACUUCAUCUUGCUGUGUGGAACGAAAAGGAAGAUAUAGUCCAUGAGCUUCUGAUUGGGAAAGCUGCAGUAUCAGUGGCAACACUCAAUGGAGAGGGACCACUUCAUCUUGCAGCUAAAAGAGGCUAUACUGGCAUAGCUUUAGAGCUACUGGACUCUGGGGCUCCAAUUGACAUGCAGGAUGAAUAUGGUAACACUGCAUUGCAUUAUGCAGCUUCUAAUGGCCACCGUGAAAUUGUUCAGAUCUUAAUGAGUAAUGACUGCAGAAUAAACGUACGCAAUAAAGAAGGAAGGACACCAAUGGACCUAGCAUUGUCCCAAGGAAACAAUGAAAUAAUAGGACUACUAACUGGAUUAAAG